AUGAAAAACAAUUCUGUCAAGUUUAAGUUAAACGUACCCAAGUCUUCUACAACCUCUGUAAUUUCAGAAUUCUCUUGUGAUGAAUCUCCUACUCCCAAUGCAUUUCAAUUUUAAAGCUUCACACAUGCUUAAACUAUUUCAGCAAAACUCAACAAAAAUUCAGUCUAUAAUCAAUAGAAUAUAAUGUUUAACACACCCAGAAGGAUGGCAGUUCCAUUUCAAGAAAUCGAAAAAGAUGAAGUGCUUUCUAAAACACCAAUUAAUGGGUAACUCUUCAAGGGAACUAAAUAAUUCAAUAGUGGACAAGUAGAACCAGUUUCAUUUUCGGAAGCAUUGAUAAAACAAUCAAAAUAUACAGAGGAGAGUUUGAAAAAAAUAUAGAAGCUUGAGAGAUUUUUAGAGAAAGCAAAAUAAAAAUAUUAGAAGCCUAUUCAUAUUUUAUCUUCAGAUGAAUCACCAUCUAAACCUAUUGCUCCUAGUUACAUAUCAAAUUUGGCAGGGUAGGAAAAGAAGUUGGAUACGAAGGUAAACAAGAAGUUUAAUUCACUGAUGGAUGAGUUGAGGAUAAUUAGAAAAAACAUCCAAUAUUUUUCAGCAUUUGAUGGAACCUAUGCUUAAAGCUAAAAAACUAAAAAUAAUUUUAUUUCUUUAAAAGACUAAAAUGGGAUAAUAAUUAAUAAUGGAAAUCAUUUGACAAGGUUAGAAUUGAUAAAUGACACUUUUAAAUGUGAGAAAAUCUGUGAUAUUCAUGAGAGCGAUUCAAAUUUUAUAUCAUUGUGCAUAUGCGACUAAAAUAUCUCCAAAGACAUGUUGAUCACUGGUUCUGAUAGAGGUAAUAUCAUGGGAUGGAAUUUCUUUAAGAAUUAAGCUUAUCAUUAUUAUGGAUUAAACAAUCAAUAUAAUUGCAACUUGUAGGAGCAUUCUCUACCAACAUUCAUAACCUAAUCAUUAAACAAUAUAUAUGUAGGAACAAAAAAUAAUGAGUUAUUGAUUCUAGAUGAAAGGAUGAAUGAAAGACAGUGCUUAUCAUUAACAAUUAAGAAGUUGCAAUCAAAUGUAAUUGAAGCCAAAUCUAUACUGUCACCACUCAUACCUAGACUUGGAUCUGCGAUAAUUGAAAGUCCUCAAAUAAAUCCCAUUGACCCUAACCUAUUAAACGAAACGAAUUUCAGAUUAGAUGAGGAGUAGGAUUCAAUCAAGGAUGAUUUUAAUGAACAAUUCCCAACUUUUGAAUAAUUGUAAGAUUCAAAUAGGUAGGAGUCCUAAGAAAUUAAAUAUAUUGAUGUAAAUGAUUAUAAUGUUUUGGUGACUAUGACAGAUGGAUUUAUCCAUUUGGAUAUGAGAAAUCCAACUGUUGCUCAAUUCAGUUUCUAAUAAAAUGGAUAGUAGGCUUUGAAGGCAUUGUUUAGUCCUGGAAACUCGAACAAUAUCAUUUAUGCUAAGUAGAAUUCCAAUAGAUGUUUACUUUGGAAUGCACAAAAGAAUGAAGUUCUGUUUCAUAAAGAGUUAUAAAGUGAGCCCAUGGAUAUGAUUGUCGCUAAAGAAACGUAGGAGAUUCUGUUUUUACAUUAAGAAUAAAAUGAUUCCAUCAUUAAAAUUUAUGAUAACGUCACUUCAAAAUUGAAAUACUGUGAUGAGUUAACGAUUCCUAAUUUCCAAGUUCAGAAGAUACUGUUGGAUCAUUAAUGCAAUACCUUGUAUGGUAUUGGACCUUACUCUUUGAGAACGUGGAAUUACUUUUAAUAAAAGGAAAUAGAUUUGAUACGCGAGGAGAUGCAAAAUUAAUUAGAUGCACUUAACUGAAUUGUGAUUUGUUAAUAUAAUUAAAUGAAUGUAUUU